AUGCUUCUAGAAGAAUUUAUUAUAGAAAUUGAAGUAGACAAUGAAAUCAGGAAGACCCUUUUACACAAAGGUUCUCAAAAGUUCCCUCCAUAUCCUGAGAACCCACUGAUCAAACAGUACAGUGCAGAGUACUGGAUCUUGGGUGACUUGAUGACCCCUCCUGAGUUGAGAAAUGGCUCUUUUGCUAAAAGGGUGUUUGAUGCUGAGGAGGCUGAUGUGAUCUUAGUGCCAUUUUUUGCAACAUUGAGUGCUGAGAUGCAACUGGGGUUGAAUAAAGGAGCAUUUAGAAAGAAGGUAGGGAAUGAGGACUAUGAGAGGCAGAAAAUGGCUGUGGAUACUGUGAAGCAGACCAAGGCUUGGAAACGCUCUGGAGGCCGUGACCAUGUAUUUGUUCUCACUGACCCAGUUGCAAUGUGGCAUGUUAAAGCUGAGAUUGCUCCAACGAUUCUCUUAGUGGUGGAUUUUGGAGGGUGGUAUAAGCUCGAUGCAAAAGCAGCAAAUGACAGCUUACCAGAUAUGAUACAGCACACUCAAGUUUCAUUGCUGAAG